AUUAUUUUUUCCUCCCCAUUUUGGGAAUUAUACAGUUUAUACUGGUAUGGGUUUGUAGCCCAUGGGCUUUUAAAAAAACUUAAAGCCUAAAGCUUGUAACUGGGCUUCUACACAGCCUAGGAUAUGAAAAACGUAAAAAACGCGCUUAUUGAAGCGCGUGAGCCAUCCGCGCGUGUAAAUGCGCCCGGCGCUACUCGCCAUCACCGUCCGGAGGAGAGAGAGGAAGGGGGAGAGAGAGAGAGACGGUGGAGAGAGAGAAAGAAGAGGGGGUAGGCGGAGGUUUUAGAGAGAGAAACUCGUUGAAGAAGGCGAACCAGACCUUCCAUUCGGUGGAAACCAUAGGAUUGACUUGUUACCGAUCCCUCCGCUUCAGUUGGUCUUGGAUCCGGCGGAUGAGCUGUUUUCCCGGCAGAUUAAUACACGAACGAAGAAGAGAUUGCUUUUUGGGAGAAUGGUAGAUAUUUGUGGCGUGUUGGUCGUAAAAGCAGAACAGAAACAGUGAUCUUGACCAUUGGUAGGCAGAUAGAGAAAGUGAGAAAGAGACGGAGAUAGAGAGAGAGGGAGAGAGAGAGAUGGGUAGUCCAAGAUCAGGUCCGGCUGAUUGCACGGUGGGUUCGAUCGUAUGGGUGCGAAGGAGGAACGGCUCAUGGUGGCCGGGGAAGAUACUGGGCCCAAAAGAACUUGACGCAACUCAUCUCACAUCUCCGCGAUCCGGGACGCCGGUGAAGCUCCUUGGCAGAGAAGAUGCAAGUGUGGAUUGGUACAAUUUAGAGAAGUCCAAGCGUGUCAAAGCCUUUCGGUGUGGUGAUUUUGAUGAGUGCAUUGAGAGGGUGGAAUCUGCACAAGGGUUGCCAAUAAGAAAAAGAGAGAAAUAUGCCCGGCGAGAAGAUGCUAUUAUCCAUGCUCUUGAACUCGAGAAAGAAAUGCUGAAAAAGGAAGGGAAAUUUGUUACGGAAAAGGUUAGAAAUAAGUCUCCUGAUGCAAAGAAAGAGAGGUUAGUCGUCUCUGGGGAUCAAGACAUCUGUAAUAGAAAACAAGAAUCCAUUGGAUGUUUAAGAUCAAACCAUGUUGGUGAUGGUCUUUAUUCGCAAAAAGAGAAAGAGGAAAAUCGGCCAGAUUGUGAGGAUGAUCAUAUUGAAGCUGCGACUCGGAUGAGAGGAUUGCAAGACCUGGUGCUUAGAACUUCAUCUUCAAAGCGAAAGUUGCCAUGUUCUAAUGGUCCUAUUACUUCGUCAAAGUCUGUGGCAAGCGGUAACUCUCCAGCUUCUUCUAGUGGAGACCAUAGCGUGGACAGGUCCAAUUAUGCCCUUGGAAAGGAGCACAUCGGGAGUAAAUUCCAGAACAAAAGGCCCAGAUAUAUGUUUGCAUCAGCUGAGUCUAAUGAUGCUUUAGACUUACAUAACAGUUUGCUAAGUGAGAGGAAGAUGAUGCAAUCCUCAUUUACUGGUGAUGGUUUCCAUCAUUUGCUUUCAGAAGAGGACCCCCCUGAAUUUUUAGAAGAUAUCGGAUCCGAUUCCUCUGAAUCUGAUACUGAUUCUUCUGAUACAGAGGAGGAUACGGAUGACAAUAUACCCAUGUUUUCAGGUACUGGGCAACAUUCAGAACGCAUCCAAAGUGCUUUUAUUAGACAUAUGACAGCAGAAGAUGAAAUCACGAGCAGUGAGGAUCACGAUGUGUCAUCCUUUUCUGGUGGCUCUUCUUACUUCUAUCCUCCCAAUCAUGAUUUUGGCAAUGAAGCUGUUUCUAAAUGGCGGCUCAAAGGAAAAAGAAAUGUCCGUAACCUUCCAAGAAGGUCUACGGGUAAAACCGGUCGAUUUGAACAUGGGACAUAUCGUGAUCUAAAGAAAAAAGCAUUUGACCAAAAGUCACUCGGGUAUGGUUUGGAUUUUGAUGGGGCAAAUGAUACGAGUGAUGGAACCGAAGACACUGACCCCCACGAGAGGGAGUUUGGGAUCAAAAUGAUUGGACUAUCUGACGAGGGUUGUCUUCCUUCAAAGAGGACUGCAUCUAGAUGCAGGAACAUAUUCAACAAUGACAUGCUUGACUGGGAUAGUGAUCCUUGGGAAGGCCGGUCUGGUACAAAAAGGGACUGGGAAGAAAAAAUUGAGGGUGUCGGACUGGAGUUUGAUGCUUCCCGGCAGUUUGGUGAGAAAAUGCAUUACCGGUUGAUAGAUGUGGAUGUAGAAGUACAAGGAAGCUAUCAGAGAGGGCCUGUCUCCAUCAUCUCCCUCGUGAGCAAGUUGGAUGGAAGGGCGAUAAUAGGGCAUCCGAUUGAAGUUGAAUUCUUAGAUGGUUCAUCUGAGACAUAUUUACAGACUGUUGAUUACUUUGGAAACGAAACAACACACCGUGACAAACCUUUCAUACUUCCCCCUACAUGGAAGACAGCCAGAAGGAGCAGUUCACGGGUUCCACGGCUGCAUCCAUUCUCAUCGCUAGAAGUCGACGAUUCUUUGCCAGAUCAGGGUAGAAAACCACUGGUUAAGAAAUCAAGUUUGAGAAACUUUGGCGGUGAUGCUAACACACUAAGGAGAAGCGAAAUGGGCAUACCCCGAGCACCUAAAGAGAGAAGGCAGCAGCAGAAGAAGCAGAUAAAGAAAACAAGUGCAUCAUCAGCUAUUCAAAAGAUGAGGGCACUCUCAUCAUUUGGCAGCGAACAAGGGUACGGGGUGAAGCCAUUAUGUGACAAAAGCGGUAUUAACUCACAGAUGCUCGAUCUCUCUAACAGGCAGGUAUUAGCAGGGCCACCCACAGUGGCCUGCAUACCGAUUAAAUUAGUAUUCAGUAGAUUACUUGAGAAGAUAAACAGGCCGCCAUCAAAACCAGCUGCAAUGAAAAUGGGUAUUCCGGGUAGUAGUGAGAGAAGAAGAGAUUAAAGCAUAGGGAGUGACACUGUGCAGUUCACUUGCAGGUACAGACAUGGCCACAUUUCUCUUAACUAUCAAGUUUCCUUCAUAGGCUGAGAGAAUCUCACCUGUAGGGGGAUGGAAUAGGGUGAUGGAUCUUUUUGGGCAUCAUCCAGUUUUAGUUGUAGGAAGAACAGUUUACAUAGAGAGAGAAGGGUUACUGGUACAGAAGGGGAAAUCACAAGCAAGCAUGUAUUGCAUUCAUAUACAUAACAGCAAUUGUUCAUUUUAUUACCACAACAGGAGUCUCUCUUUGCAGCCAUAUAUAUGUUCAUGUGUCUCUGUUUUUACAUCUACAAACAAAGUCCCUAAACGUUGUAACCUCCAAUAUCCCCCACAAUGUUGUAAAUUUAAGAGCUUUUUUGCAAAUUUCUUCAAAUGUUUGGA